CGGUCCUAGGCGCGCGAAUAUCCAGUUGUCUGGCUUUCAAUUUUAGCCUUGGGUGAAGAAAACCUCAACGUCACACCAUCUACCCCUUCCGCUUCCUGUCACCUUGUUCCUUUCACCGAUCCCGCUUCCACUUGGGACGCUAUGCCUCGCUUUCGUCGCGGUCACCUGUCAGACCGGCCGCACAGGCAUGAAGAAGACCCCUUCGCGAAGAUUCUAGCUCCACCGACCGACGAGACUAUCGAGGAGAGGGAGAAGAGGUUAGCAGCGGAAGCAGAAGCCCAGAAACGCUCCGAUGCUAUAGACGAGGAGAUCAACAGACAGAGGAUGGCGGAAAGGCGAGAGCCAAAACAUAUCCGCAUACUCUUACUGGGCCAAAGCGAAUCUGGCAAAUCAACCACGCUCAAAAACUUUCAAUUGAUGAAUUCCCCAAAGGCCUUUCGGAAUGAAAGGGCAUCAUGGAGAGCAGUGAUCCAACUAAACGUGGUCCGCUCAAUCCGACUGAUUCUCAACCUAAUGUCAGAGGUUAGCGCUAGCAGUGGGAAUGGCCGAUCGACUCCGACGUCCAUGAUGGCCACUUCACGCCCAGGAAGCCCAAGCGCCGAUCAAUUCGACAGUGGUGUCGUACUGGGACCCGAGCUUUUGAAGCUCAAGAUGCGACUGGCUCCUCUUCAGCAAGUAGAAGAAUCACUUCUGAGAAAACUUAGCCCACCUGGUUCUACGGACUUCGAAGCGACACAUUUGGCACCUGUCACCAACCUUCCUUAUGCUGUGCGCUCUGGCAAGUUCACGCGAGAAAUUGCAGUCCACUCCAACUCCCAGUGGAAGGGCGCCUUCUCGAGACUCAUGACCUCCGUCAGAACAAGUAUCGGUAGCGAGAUCGACCUCACAGAAGACCCUAAUGACCCGGGGGUGAUCCUUAACGCCUGUGCCGAUGACAUGAUCAAGCUCUGGAAUCACCCUAUAAUAAAGACGCUACUUCUGGCGCAUAACCUGCGCUUGGAGGACAAGGCCGGAUUUUUCCUUGACUCCCUUGAACGCGUAACCUCGCUCAGAUACAUGCCGACUGACGAUGAUAUUCUGCGGGCCCGAUUGAAGACGCUGGGAGUGUCCGAGCACCGGUUCAAAUUCAAAAACACAGCAACGAUUGGAGAAUCUUUGACGUUGGCGGAGCCCGUUCACUACGAGGUGAGAGCACCUUCUACUAGCAAUCCAACAAUUUCAUUGAAUGUGAUGUGUUCCUAUCUAGCCGCUUGGGCGCCCUACUUCGACAACAUGGAUGCAAUCAUUUUCCUUGCCCCAUUGUCAGGCUUCGAUGAAGCCCUCGCCGAGGAUCCCAAUACAAACAGGCUGGAGGAUUCAGUCCUGCUCUGGAAAGCAACAAUCUCAAAUCCCCUGCUAAAAACGGCGCAAACCGUCCUCUUCUUGAACAAGAUGGAUAUUUUUAAGGCCAAACUUGAAUCGGGUAUUAAAUUCGGGGACUAUGUCGUUUCGUACGGGGACAGACCUAACGAUCCAGACACUGCCGCUGCUUACUUGAGAAAGAAGUUUGCUGGCAUUCAUAAACAGCAUUCACCCAUCCCUCGAAUGCUAUACUCGCACAUGACGGCUGUUACAGAUGUCAAAUCUACGCAAGCAAUCCUAACGAACGUGAAAGAUAUGGUUCUGCGGCAAGCUCUCGAGAACACGAAACUAGUUUAA